UUAUUCAAUAUCUUUUUUCUUAUUACAGAAAAUUCAAUUGAGCUCCAAAUGUGCUGAUAUAGAUGCUGAGAUGAUUGGUGCAUUAGGAGUUUCAAAAGCAAUCCUGAAUCACGUAAUUUUUUGUCAUCAAGAAGAAUCAAACUGGCCCUUGAGUGAAGGUAGAGCCUUAAAGCAGAAGUUUGAUGAAAUUUUUGCUGCAACUCGUUAUAUUAAAGCUUUAGAAGAGAUAAGAAAAAUCAGAAUGUCUAAAAUGAGUGAUAUUAAAAUAUAUGAAACAGAAGUUGGGUCAUUACAAAGUAACAAGCGCAAAGCAGAUGAAUAUCAAAAAGAAUUAGAGAAAACUGAAACCAGACUAUCUGCAUGUAAAGAUACCAUUCAAAAUAUUGAAAGUAAAUUGAAACCUUUGCAUGACAAGUUGCGUGAUGGUCAAAUAAAACAAAAUGAAUUUGGAAAACUUCAGGCAAAUCUAGAUAACAAUUCAGAACUCAUAAAAAAGUAUGAGAAGGAUGAGCGAGAUUUAAGGAACAGCAUCACUAACUUCUUUGAUGGUAACAAACAAGAACUUGAAAAAGAAAUGAAAAAUUUUGAUGCUAUUACAUCAGAGAAAGAAAAAAAGUUAUCUAAGUUGAAAAAAGAAAUUAAUAGUUUGGAGAAAAAUCUUAAUUCUGAUAUGAAGAUUAAAACUCGGUUGAUAGAGGAACUGGGAAAACUGAAAGCUGAUCAUGAGCGUCAUAAAGAACUUAUAUCCCAAAGGGACUCUAAAUUGAGAAUAAUGCGGAAGAAACUUGGCAUGGGAGAUUUGGGUUUGGAUGAAGAUGAACCUUUGGAAAAUUCGGAGGUGAUGGGUAUAAUGCGAAACUUGAAGCAAAGGAACAGUACAACACAAAAUGAGCUUCAAAAUUGCAAGAUAAAGCAUGAAGCAAAUGAAAAUAGAGUUCAAGCUGAAAUUGAUGAAUCUAAUUCUGAAAAAGCUAAAAAACAACAAAAGCUUUCUAGUUGCAAUGAACAGAUGGCUAAAAAUAAGUUGAAUUCAAGAAAUAUUAGUGCUGAAUUAUCUCGAUUAGACUCGCUGGCAUCUCUUCAAGAUAAUGUUGAAAAAGAUCUAAAAGAUGCUGAAGAUGAUUUGACAGUUUUAGAAAAUAGUGUGAAUCUUGAAGAACUUCAGAAAGAAUUAACCCUUAAGCAACGCAAGAAAUCUGAAACCUCUCUCCAAUUGUCUCAAUUAAACCAAGAAAUGCAACACUUGCAAAAGGAAAGUAAAAUCCGAUCAGAAAUUGACUUUGUAAAUAAAGAUAUUUCUUCUAAACAGGAACUGGUGGAUAAAAUUUUGAAUCGUCAAAAGGAAACUUUAAAGCAUCUUAUUACUGAAAUACCAGAUCAUGGAGUAUAUGAUAAAGUUUCUAAAUUAGCGAGAGAUUUAAAUAAGAAAGCUCAAGAGAUAGGAAAAGAUAUGGAAAAAGAACGUUCAAAAUUAUCUUCAUUGGAAACUACUAAAAAAUUUCACAUGAAUCAGCUAUCAUCCAAGAAAGAAACAUUGAAUGAAAAUCAAAAUAAAAUUUUUGAUGUGUGUGGUAGUCAAGAUUUUGAAUCUGGUUGUGAUACUUUGAGAAGUAACAUUAAAGAACUGCAAGAUGAAAAAGGAGCCUUAACAGGAAGUUUGUACCUUUUCAAUAAAUAUAUUGAAAAAGUUCGCAAGCCUCGUCCUAGUUGUCCUCUUUGUAAAAGAUCUUUUCAAGCAGGGAAUGAAGCAGAAGCUCUUAUUUCAGAUCUUCAAAAGAAACUUCAAAAUGUACCCUCUCAUCUGGAAAAUAAAACUCGCUUGAUUGCAGAAAAAGAAAAACAGUUGAAUAAAAUGUUGGAACUGAAACCUAUUAAAGAAUCUAUGUCUAUAUUGGCAGAAAAGGAAAUUCCAGAAUUGGAAUCAAAACUUGAAGCAGUGAGUGCAGAUAUAGGAAAGUCUUCUGCAAAAAUUGCAGAGCUCGAAGAAACGUUAGAUGGAAUCUCCAGUGAUAAAGAAACUGCUUCCAUUUUAUUACCAGACUUAAUAAAAGUUGAUCAACAUCAGCAGGAAAUAGAAAGCUUGAAUAGGCGUUUAUCUGCCUUAAAAACACGCAUUGGUGGCAAAGAUAUUUCUCGUAACAUUCAUCAAGUUAGUGAAGAUCAAAAUGCUUGUCAAGAAAAAUUAAAUUCUUUAAGUAGAGAAAUCGAUUCAUUGCAUCAACAAAUUAAUGAAUACAAAGACCAACUUCAGCAGUUGCGUAGUCGAAUCAAUGACCUCAAAGCCGAGAAAAAUAAAAUGUGCAGUGAUAUGCAAAAGAAGUCAUCAUUGAUUGAACAACUUGAGAAUUUAGAAAAAGAAAAUGUAAAGCUUGCAGAGACUGUUAGUGAGCUGAAAACAGAAAUCUCUACAUUGUUGGAAAAAUCAAAAGAACUUAGUAAUGCUAAAAGAACUGCUACCAGGAUGAAAGAUCAGGAAUUGGAAAAAAUAAGUAACAAAAUUCGAGAAGAAGAGAAAGAGUUAGAUAUCAUAGAAAUUAUAUCCAAAGAAAUUGAUGCAUAUAUUCGUGAUGACAAAGAAAAAACACUAAUUGAUCAAGAAGAUCGUAUUAGUGGCCUCAACUCUCAAAUAAGUGUGAAAAAAGAAGAACUUCAUGAGCAAAAAGAGUAUGAUAAAGAGCUUACUGAUGAUAUCAGAUCACAAAAUGUGAAGAAGCGAGAUUUGAAAGACAACAUGAAACUUAUUGAUACGAUUGAAGAGAUUGGAAAAUUGAAUGCAGUUUGUCAAAACUUGAAAGACAAAAUUGGUGGUUAUAACAUCCGAUCACUAUUAGCUGAAAUGGACAAGCUCUCUAAACAAAUUCAAACUCUCACCAAGGAGAGAGAUGAAACGAUUGGUCGUGAGAGUGGUUUAAAAGAAAAGAUCCGGGAGUGUAGGAAUCAACUUCUAGAUCCAAUGUUUAAGGACGCUGAGAAAAAACAUCGAAGCAAGUGCAUAGAACUGAGAACUACACAGCUUGCUUGUGAAGAUUUGAGCAAAUAUUAUAUGGCUCUAAAUAAAGCAAUAAUCAACUAUCAUCAAAUAAAAAUGUCUGAAAUUAACAAGAUCAUCAAAGAUUUAUGGAGGGAUACAUAUGCUGGAAAUGAUAUUGAUUACAUCGAAAUCCAGUCCGAUGGUGACACUGAGAGUGGUCUUGAAAAAAGUCGACGCACUUACAAUUAUCGAGUAGUCAUGUUUAAAGGUGAUACUCCUAUUGAUAUGAGAGGAAGAUGCAGUGCUGGACAAAAGGUGCUGGCGUCUUUAAUAAUUAGAUUAGCUUUAGCAGAAACAUUUUGUUUGAAUUGUGGGAUCCUGGCAUUGGAUGAACCAACAACUAACCUUGAUCGUGAAAAUAUCUCUAAAUUAGCUAAAGCACUUGUCGAGAUUGUGAAAAGCAGGUCAGCACAACGUAAUUUUCAAUUGAUUAUAAUUACUCACGAUGAAGACUUUAUAGAGCUGCUUGGGAGAUCUGACAAUGUGGACUAUUUUUAUAAAGUUUCGAAAGAUAACUAUGCUUUCUCAAAAGUGUCGAAGCUCUACAUCUCAGAUAUGGCGUAACUGUGUUAAACUCUGUGAUCACACAUUCUAUGUUAUGUAUAUUAGUAACUGUAUGUUUUGUUAAAUAUAUAAUUUUAUACCAUU